CAAAGUUGCAGGGGGCUGAGGAGGUUGGGGAGACGAGCUUGAACGCCCUCUGAAGGUGGCGCUUGCACAGGCGGCCCCAUUUUGCAAGGUACCACGAAGAUAUCCUUUAAGGCUUAGGCUCAGGUCUGCCGAGGCCAGGGUGCGAUGGCUGGAAGCGUCGUGACGCAGUUAGGCAAUGGGUUAUGGUUGCAGCAGCGGUUGAAUCUGGGUGCAUCCUCGUGUCGUAAUGCUGGUGCAGCUUGUGCUUCAUUCUCCUGUAAUGGUGUUACCAGGGGCAGUGGAGUUGAAAAGGUUGGCACCAACAAGCCAAAUAGGCGGCUUCACAAGGGAGGCUGCAUCGGAGAUGCCCUUUUUUGUCCGUCAUUGACUUCCAGCUCUUGCUCGGGCAAAAGCUGGUCCUGUCAGGGGAAGAAGAGAUCUAGUGGUUUUCGAUGUACGGCAUCCGGGGACGCUGCGACACCAGAGGGUGGAAAUGGGAACGAUACUGGUCGGAGUUUCGUGUCAGAGGCUUUGGUUAGGGCUUUGGAGGCACAAAGGCAGGCAGGGGGUGUGAUGGAAGACCCUCUCAAGGGCAAGGUCACCACAGCCUCGACGCAGUUGCAGGAGCGGUUGAGUAGGGUUCAAAGCAGUGCCGAGAGGGGUGAAGACGACACAGGUGAAGAAGGCUCAGUAAAGAGUUGGGAGGAUUGGCAACAGCAUUUCCAGGAGGUGGAGGAAAGAGAACCUCUGCUGAAGGCACUUGAGGCACAAUUGGCGGAGGCUGUUGCUCAGGAGGAGUUCAAGGAAGCGGGCCGCCUCAAGGCAGCUAUCAAAGCGCUGGAGGGCGAGGAUGUCGUAAGGGAGGUGGUGUCCAUGUUUGAGACUGCUGUGAAGGAGGAGCGGUUUGAUGAUGCAAGCCAGCUGCGGGAUGCAGGAUGCGCCGGCCUGGUUGGCUGGUGGGCUGGCACCCCUCUCACCGAACGGGAGUACUCUGGGGCACUCCUGCGAAUCGUCCCUGGCAAGGGCAAACUGACGGGGUAUGCCAUGACGCCGAAGCAUCUCGUAGAGGGGGGCGCCGGGCAGGAGGUUUUGGAGGUUUACGUGGUCAAGGACAAGGCGGGGGCGUAUCACCAACAGGCGGUCUACCUGAAGCGAGAGAGCCCCUUCCGCCCUGAAACCCCCGUUACCGUAGACCCGCAGGCCGACGGUCCGGUUUUGAAGGUUAUUGCGACCUCCGACGAUCCCAGCGGGGACGGCGGCAUCGCAGCCCUUCGGAAAGAACUGGGGCCCGUUUCAGAUGUCGAUGACACUGGGGCCACAGCAGAGGCAGACUCGGGCGGCGAGAGCGACGCCGAAAACGAGGCCCCCGUCGCGGAGGACGAGGAGGAAGAGGCCGGGAUGCAGCGGGUGAUCAAGUAUUUCACGGACCGUAUCCCCGGUGCGAAGUUCCGGGUUUCGAGGGUGAUUGCUCCAGGGGGCAAGAAAGACAUUCCGGGGCUGAUCGAGAAACUGGUGUCGGGGCUGCAGGAGGCGAUCGCGCAGGGGUCGGGGGAUACAACCAGGGGGGGGAAGAAGAAGAAGACGCUUCGGGGAGGGGACGACGGGAGUGUGGAGCUGUUCGAGGAGGCGGCGCGUUUGGAGGAGGAGAAGCUCGCGCAAGAAAAGCUCGCGCAAGCGCAGGCGGAGAUCAACGCGGAGCUCCUCAAGCCCCCCGCCGAGGCUUCCGAGGGGGAAAAAGCGUCGACGUCCGAGGUUUCCGGGGGGGAGGUGCGGGAGCCGGGGGACGCCUCCACGGACCCCCCCGGAGACGAGAGCACAUCCGGGACGAGCGAUCUGAUGACGGGAACUCCUAAUAGCGCAUUCUCAUUUAUGGGCCUCGAUCUGGAUUCAGCGACGGGGGGCGGGACGGGCGAAAUGACGAGCAGCGAUUGGGAGCGGUUGGAGGCGCAGGCGCGGCCUGUGAGAGUGCCGGCGCGGGUGACCAAGGCGCGGGGGACGUUUGUGUUUUCGGUGGAGGAUCCGCGGUGGCCGAGCGAGGGGCAAGCAGAGGAGACUGGGUUAAACGCGGACGAGGCCGCGGUUCGUGCCGCAGUGAAGGCGGGCGCGCUGUCGCCGCAGGACGUGCAAGCGAUGGUGCGAGUCGUGGAGCUGAGCAAAGUCAAAAACAUUAUGCCGAAGAAGCAAUUGGAGGCGCUGAUGGGUGCAGUGGCCGCUCACCGGAUGAGCCAGCGGGGGGGCCUCGCGCGCAAGAUGCUCUUCCGGAAGCUGGACCCAGCGACAAUCAACAGCACGGACCCUCUGUCAGGCAUGUACGUCGGCGGCUACGGUCCGCACGGCCUCGAGUUGAUCCAGCUGCAGCGCCGGUACGGCCAGUGGGACGAGGACUCCGCCGCCCCGAGCACGAGCGCCCGCUCGGGGGCCGAGUCUUACGAGUACGUGGAGGGGGUGAAGGUGACCGGGGAUCCGAACGUGCCGGCCGGGAAGGUGACGUUUCGGGCUAAGGUCGGGCCCAAGUACAAGAUGCCGCCAAUCGAGUACGCGAAUGUAGAUCUCGGGACGAUUGCUCGGUACAAGGGCCAGGGCCAGCUCGCGAAGCCCGGGUUCAAGAACGCGCAUUGGGUCGAUGGGGAACUUCUCGUGUUGGAUGGCCGACUUGGCCCUCAAUUAGGCUUCCUUUUCGAUGCACCGGGGGGCAAGGGCCGACCGGUGUUGAUUCUUUUUGAUCGCUGGAAGCUGCCAGAAUUGAAUCAGGGGAUUGCUGCUUGAGCAGUCCACUACGUUAUUUGUCCAUUGUAGGCCUCUUGUUUCAGCAAAGGUAGUCCCUUUCUUAGGAUUGGAUAGGCGGUAAUUUGCGGUUAUGUAAUCUAGGUAGUCGAGGGAUUGCCUGUACAAGCAUUUUCAGCGCCUCAGCGUCGCAUGUGGGAUCUGGACCUGAGUGCGCGUUUGUGUGCGCGAGGAUUUGUAGGUCGUCGUAACCCAAUUGCUAGGCUGAGUUGAUGUGCGGGAGUAGCUUAAGUGCGUAACAACUUGACUGGUUGCAAUCGCUUGAGUAGAUCUUGAAGUGAAGCAAGUCGUUCUGGGGGCCCAUGCAAGCAUUGUCUUAAGAAUACACGCACCAGCAAAAUUUUGAAUGCGCCAAUGCUGGCACAUUCUUCUGUGGCAAUGAAUAUCUUGCUAAUAACCCAA